CAGCUGCUCGCUGGUAAGGCCUUCUGAGAGCCUUCCGUUCAGCACUGGAGGACAGUGUCUGUCAGAAGAGGUGGCAAUGUGCUCGGAUCGCAGCCGUCAUUCUAAGGUCCCUGACCGGAGAGUUGUACUUCAUGGGAGGAGUCAUGCUUCACACGGCCACAUCUUGCUGGCAAACAAUCCUGUGUGUGACCAUGGUCUUGGUCUAUGUGAGAUCCACUGUUGGUUGUCCAGGUCGUUGUGAUUGCUUACCACAAAACAAAUCAGUCAGCUGUCAUCGAAAAAAAUUCACCUUGAUGCCAGAAGGAAUCCCCAUAGAGACUAAAAUUCUGGAUUUAAGUAAGAACAAACUGAAAAGUGUUGGACCAGAUAAUUUUUCAUCUUAUCCUUUGUUGGAGGAAAUAGACCUUAGUGACAACAUCAUUUCAAACGUGGAGCCUGGAGCAUUUAAUUAUCUUUAUAAUCUUCGGUCAUUGAACUUAAAAGGAAAUCGCUUAAAACUGUUGGACUUAGGUGUCUUCACAGGUUUGUCGAAUUUGACUAUGCUUGAUAUAAGUGAAAACAAAAUAGUUAUUUUACUAGACUAUAUGUUUCAAGGUCUUCAUAAUCUAAAGUCCCUAGAAGUUGGAGAUAAUCAGUUAGUUUUUAUAUCUCAUAGAGCAUUUAAUGGACUGCUUAGCCUGGAGCAGCUCACUUUGGAGAAAUGUAACUUGACAGCCGUUCCUACUGAUGCCCUUUCACACCUUCACAACCUCUAUAGUUUGCAUUUGAAACAUCUAAAUAUAAAUGUGUUGCCUGAAAUUGCCUUUAAGAGAUUGUAUCGUCUGAAAAUCUUGGAAAUAAGCAACUGGCCUCUGCUGGACACGGUGCCUGCUAAUACUUUUUACAGUCUAAACCUUACGUUUCUCUCAAUCACCAAUACCAAUAUUUCAGCAAUUCCUUAUCAUGCUUUAAAACACUUGGUUUAUCUAACGCACUUAAACCUCUCAUUUAACCCCAUUACUGUUAUUGAAUCAGGAGUACUGGCAGAUUUGGUUCGACUUCAGGAAUUACACAUGGUAGGAGCUCAGCUGCGCAUUAUUGAGCCACAUGCUUUCCAAGGACUACGGUUCUUGCGCGUACUUAAUUUGUCUCAAAACCUAUUGGAAACAUUGGAGGAGAAUGUGUUUCACUCCCCUAAAGCUCUGGAAGUGCUCUGCAUUGAUAAUAACCCUUUAAUAUGUGACUGCCGCCUAAUUUGGAUGUUACAGAGGCAUCCGAUGUUGAAAUUUGGUAUCCAACAGCCAAUGUGUGCUAGUCCAGACAAUAUUAAAGAGAAACAAUUUAAGGAAUUCCAUGCCACUGUAUUGUCCUUUUACUUUAUAUGUAAAAAACCUAAAAUUAGGGACAGAGAAAUAUUGCAGCUACAUGUAGAUGAGGGGCAGAGGGUUCAGAUGAACUGCAAUGCUGAUGGAGAUCCUCAACCAAUGAUUUCAUGGGUUACUCCACGUAGGAGAAUGGUUUCUCCAAAGUCCCAUGGAAGAGCCACAGUUCUUGGAAAUGGCACUCUGGAAAUAAGGUAUGCUCAAGUUCAAGACACUGGAACCUAUGUUUGCAUUGCUAGUAAUGCUGCUGGAAAUGACACCUUCUCAGCUUCUCUUACUGUGAAAGGAUUUGUUCCUGAUCGUUCUUACACUAAUAUGACACCUAUGUUCAUUACGGAAUUAAAUGAAACAAACAGCAAUGUAACCAAUACAAACAUGACAUAUUCCUUUGACCUCAAGACAAUUUUGGUGUCUACAGCAAUGGGUUGCUUUACAUUUCUUGGAGUGGUUUUGUUUUGCUUCUUACUGCUUUUUGUGUGGAGCCGUGGAAAAGGAAAGCAUAAAAACAACAUUGACCUGGAAUAUGUUCCUCGGAAAAACAAUGGGGCUGUAGUAGAAGCCGAUGUCACAGGCACUGUACCCAGGAGAUUUAAUAUGAAAAUGAUAUAGUGGAUAGUUGCCUACAGAGCUUUGUUUUCACGUGGUAUUGUUUCUACCCACUAAUACAGCCUGGCAAUUUGGAUUGCUGGGUGAAGACAGCUAUAUGUAGCUGUAACUGUGUCAAACAUUUUUUUAUGGAAUUGGAAAGACCAUCUGGAGAUGCUCAAAAGAGGCCAGUGAUCUAUGGGCAAGAACAUUAGGGCAUUUCAUGGAGUUGUUUUACUAAUUGUUUGCAUUGCAAAUAUUGGCAUUCUGGGGAUCUCAGUAACAAACUCUUGGCUCAUUCUCAUGGACACAUACUCAACAUUUUCUACCACUCUGAAAGCUAAACAAGCAAACAAACCUACAGUGUAGGCUUUACAUAUAAAAUGACAUGUCCAAAACAUAGAGUGUACUUUGUAUCUAUAGAUAUCAUUUGUUUAAGCUGAGCAUCAUUCUUUCUUGUUGGUUCCACUCUAUAAAUGAAUUGGUAUGGUUUAUUUUAUACAAUUGCCCAACCUGAAGCAAUACAAAAGAGAAAUUGUGCUUAAUCUCCACUGAAAAAUGACUUUAAUAUAAUCAACCAUGGCUCUCAUACUAAAGAUCACAUGCAGCUGAUCAAUGACUGGUCAACCUUACAGAAAUGACUCAGUGGGUUCAAGUUGAAAUGCCACAAUAUUUUUAUCUGUAUAAAGAGAUCCAUAUUUCUAUUUAAUCUAAAUUAUAAAUGUUUGAAAUUUAUUUUAUAUUUGAAAUUGCAAUGCCCCCUUUACCAAUGUGUCUUUAUAGAGAUUACCUUUUCAGCUGCAUGGUUUUUAAUAUGGUAACCAUAGGAAACUCGAUUGAGCAAACACCUUUUUGUUUGUUUGUUUCUAGCUCACAGAAAACCACUUUAAGGCUAAACUAAUGCUUGGUUGUGACAAUAUUUAUAAGGACAUGUACCUAAUUUGAUACAGAGCUGAGUUAUUUUUUAUACCUAGUAUCACAAACAAUCCAUUUACUGUAAAAAAAAAAUAUAUGGUCUUUACUCAAGCUGAUAAACUGGAGGAUACUGUUGACCAAUUUUAUUCAGUGAGACUCAAGAGUGCAGGUCAGAAUUACAUAGUUGUAUCUUAUGAAUUGCAGUAAAUGCUAAAAGUUUAGUAUUCUAGCAAAUGUCUAUAUAGAUCUAAGACAAACUCUUUUUUGCAAUAGAAAUAAAUAAA